UCUUUCGGUUUGUCCUGUUACAGAAGCAACGCGGCGUAUUUAGGCUGCUACAAAAAUUGUGAGAUUGCACUUUUAAGUUUAAACGCAGGCAUCGGUAAAGUUUUGAAGCUGGGCGAAAUUAAUUAAGGAGACCCAUUUGUUUCACAUCGGUCCUGCCCUGAGAUAAUAUUUCUGAGUCUGCCUCCGCAUCUGCGGGGAACAAUAGCCGUGUGGCUCGGGCAGCGGGGGGAUACGCCGUGCCGAGGCGGAAUAGGGUGGUGUCCACGGUCUCGGAGGCCGUGGGAGGAGUCCCGCAUUUCGGAUGUGCUGCUAUGUGCUCCUGUUUGUGUCGGGCAGCGCUUCUUCACCAGAUCAGAGCCUCGUCGCCUCCGAUGGAGCUGGGCAUGUCUGCGAUGCUUUUCACAUGAACGGCUGUUAAAGCAAACGCUUUCAGAUGGUGGCCCUGAACGGUCUGCGGUUUUAUUUAUUUGGGUUGAAAUCGCCGCCGCCUAUUCCUGCCCAGCAUGAUGGAAACCUGCUUUCUCGGAGGCAUCAGCCGCCUCCUGCUCAUGGUGCUUCUGGCUCUUUUGGAAACUCCGUGUGCUGGAUCGUAUACCGCAAGCACCGGCUCCGGCCACGCUGAGUGGACGGCCGCCUCGUCGCUGGCGGAGUUUGUGAGUUUUGGGACGGGCGGCACUGAGGGGCGACGUACAGACUCCGUCCCCGUCCUGCCGAAGGAGCGGGAACCACGUACAGACACCAACGCGGUCCCCAAUCACAACAUGCCCGGCAGUGUUACCAUGGAUACGGAAGGCUGGGAGUCUCACUCGCAGACCGCCAGUACCUACAUAUUCUCUACAAUUAGCCGAGCCGGAGAGAGGACCCUCCUGUCCGUGAUCACCGACAGCACCUCUGCUUACACCCAGGAAUCAAACUCCUCAGAGGUCUCCUCUCAGACCUUUUCCCAGACAUAUCAAACAUCCACCAGGACCAUCUCCCAGACAUCUGCUCGAGGGUCACAAACCACCUCCCAGCAAUCCUCCCAAACUUCUCCAAGGACUCAACAAUCCCCUCACCAAACUUCCUCUGACAGCUCCUCCCCAACUUUUUUCCAACCCUCUUCCCAAGCCUCUUCCCAGAAUUCUUCCCAGCCCUUCUCUGGGGAAUUGAGCACUGCUAGCCAGGACUUGACAGAUGUGAUUUCCUCCUCUGAGUCUGGCCAGUUGGACACUACAGUAUAUAGCCAUCACACCAUGGCUGGUACACCUCUGAACGGGACAGGGCACAUGGAUCACUCGCAGGUGUCUUCAGAGACCAUCGGCCUCCUAAAUUCUUCGCCGCCUAUGUCUGAUGAUAGCGCAGAGAACGCAAACGUGACCCAGUUCAACCAACCAUCCAAAAGUGGAACAACUCGUACCGAAUCCAGUCUUGCUGUCUCUUCUAUGCCUCCUGAUCUGUCCACAGAGGACAGCAUGACCAACACGUCUCACCUAGAGAACGAGAGGUCGGACACUUUAGCCGGAGAGACGGACAUCACUACGGAGCCGUUCACCGGGGAUCCCUACACCCACGGCAACAAUGAAACGGAGACCAUUCAUAAUACUACAGGUAACGUGGCUUCAACAGAAGCGCCCCCUGUGGUUAAAGACUUAAAUACGACUGCGGAUCGUUCCCUGACAAAAGUCCUGUCCAGUCAGGGCCCCCAUACCACGGAGCCAGAGCAGCCGGAAAAGACCACAGGGGCACCACCUGGCACUGACUCAAUGGUGACGCACGGGUCACAGUUAGGUGAAGGAACCACCUACAGGUCAACUCCCCCUGGUCCUGUCUCCCUCCCACCAACACAGAGUGCGCCAAGCACCACAGCACAGGCCCGGACUCUGCCCACCACGCGUGCCACCGUACCAGCAACCGAGGUGUCUCAAACCAGGGGCUCCACCCCUCAAGACCUCCCACCUUCCAGGACGGGGGGAACAUCAUCUCACACCUCUAAGGGUACCACUGUCACCUCCGGCCUGGACGGCAGCACUGUCCCGUCUAGAGGAACGACCCAGCCUAGCCAAGCCACUACGCUGAUGUACAGGCGCACAGACCCCGUGGGGGCGACCGCCGCUCACACCACAAGGGGCUUUGAAGAGAGGAGGACGACCGGAGGCCAGAUAACUACUGCAAAAACGCCCAAGAAACUGACUGAGCCGGCAGACGUGGACGAGUGUGUGGCUGGGCCCUGUCCCUCGGGCUCCAUGUGCGUAAACACGCGAGGGUCCUUCAGCUGCGAGUGCCCCCUGGGUUUCGACCUUGAGAACAGCCGGACCUGCACCCAGGCCAAGACCUUCCUGGGUACUUUCAGUUUCUCAAACAUGAGCUUCAGCAGCAGUGCUGGACUUCAUGAAAUCCAGAGAGAAAUCCUGCAGCUGCUCAAUUCUUCACUGGCCGCUCUGAAGGGUUACAGCCGAUCCACACUCAGGAAGAACGGCACGCAGCCAAUGCACAUCGCCGCCGUCAGCAUGUUCUCCAUGGGGGCGACGGUGACGCGUCCGGACGUGGUCACCGCCAUCCGGACCUUCUUGGGCAACUGCAGCCGGGGGGGGACCCAUUGCGGCCGGCUGCUGGGUGCCAGGGUCUCCUACAGAGGCCAGUCUCUGUGCCAGGCGCAGUCGAUGCAGUGUGACACAGAUCGGACCAAAUGUGAGGAUGCCAGUGGCGUCGCUAUCUGCCAGUGCCGUGAUGGAUACUUCAAACACAGCAGAGACGACCUGUCCUGCAGAGAAUGUGGUGACGGUUUUAAACUGGAAAAUGGCACCUGUGUUCCGUGCAUGUUUGGAUUUGGGGGAUUCAACUGUGAAAAUUUUUACAAGCUGAUUGCGGUGGUGGUAUCCCCAGCCGGUGGGGGCCUGCUCCUCAUCUUGGUCAUCGCUCUCAUCGUCACCUGCUGCAGGAAGGACAAAAACGACAUCAAUAAGAUCAUUUUCAAGAGCGGGGACCUGCAGAUGUGCUCCUACCCCGAGUACCCGAAAGGCAACCGGGUGUCCGUGGAGUGGGGCAGGGAAGCCAUCGAGAUGCAGGAGAACGGGAGCACGAAGAACCUCCUGCAGAUGACUGACAUUUACUACACUGCUCCCCUGAGGCACCCGGAGUGGCCGUCCCGCCAGUCCUGCAUUUACCCGGCGCAAUGGAACCCCUCCUUCAUCAGCGACGACACACGCAGGCGGGACUACUUCUGAAAGGGCCGGGGCGACGAUCAGACCACUACUAACGCCAUAAACCCGUGGGCCAGUCAUAAGUGUUCCCAUGGUUCGGCAGCCUGCGUUUGUGAAGAAGUGGAUUUUUAAAAGGAAGUCGUCGUUUUGCGUAGCAGAGCAUAGCUGGACCUAGCGGGGGAUGUGGACGGCCACUGUGAGUUGCCGUGGUAACGCACACCGUGCCUCUGUUGUGACAGCUGCCACAAGCCAUGUGGUCAAACCCUUUAAAAGGUGUACUGCCCUUUAAUGUCCCUCUAGUGCGUUGCAGCCGAAACGGACCAUGUAUCUGGGGUAAAUAAUCACUUCUCAAUGAUUCAAAAAGACAUUUUAUUCGAUAUACUUCCUAAGCUACGUGGUGAGUGGUUGUGGCGAAUCGGACUUUAACCACUCUGACAUUGGGUCCAAGCCCGCCCACGCCAGGGGGGGCUCCUAUUUGCUGCUUCCGGUGAAUGUCACUCACUCCUCUCCAUGUUUCUUGCUCACGCUGGUCCUGAAGGAGCAGGGCCCUCCGCUCCUGCUCGGGUUACUCCUGUUGUAACCACAUGGCAUCCAGCAUGACUGGCAUGCCCCGGUCUCUGUGCCCGCGUAUCGCACUAUAAGGAACAUAUUUCUAAGGUGUAUUAUAUUUGUACCUGGUCAUAUAUUUUAGCUGGAGAGUCUUUUUAUAAUUAUUUUUCUCCUUGAAAUAUGAAUUGUCUUAUUUCUGGCGUUGUAGUCAGACCUGCAUAUUUAGACAAUUAAAAUGAAAACGCUGUUGUUGCAGCUGAAUGAUUCAA